AUGGCCGGCAACCGCCAUCGCAAGGAUGCGUGGGUCGUGUUCGCCUUUCUCAUCGUGGUCCAGAUCGUCUGCUUCCGAGGCAGUCAGCGUCUUCGCGCGGAUCUCGACCUGCAGUCACCAGUGCAAGCUGCUCAGAAUCAGUUUUUCAAGCGAUCAGAACCGCCCGUAUAUGACGUUGUGAAGCAUCACUCGACGUCAACAGCAUCAUCGGCGAGCGAAACAGCAACAACCACAAAGGAAGGACAGCACCACUCGACAUCAACAUCUCGGACCUCGGAGCCGACUCACCUUCCCAAAGGUCCAGAUGACGAGCCCAAAGCCCCGUCCUGCCAGCCUAUACCUUUCCAGAAGUCGCCAAAGCACGUCUGCAGCCAUGUGGUAGAACACUGCGCCGCUUCGGGUCACUUUGACUACCUGCGCUUCUACUACUGCGCAGGCGUGUCGGACCAAGACCUCGAGCACGGAAAGCAUCCGCAUCCUCCUCCUCCAACAAAGCCUCGCUGGCAACCCGGAAUCUCGGCGUUGCGCCUCUUGCGGUUGAUCUGUAUCCUCGCGUGGAUGCUCUUCCUCUUCAGCUGGGUCGGCGUCGUGGCUAGCGAUUUCUUCUGCCCCAACCUCAGCACCAUCGCAUCUCGUCUCGGUCUCAACGAAAGCACGGCCGGCGUCACCUUCCUCGCAUUCGGAAAUGGAUCUCCGGACGUCUUCUCCACCUUUGGCGCCAUGAAGACUGGCUCUGGCUCUCUAGCCAUCGGCGAGCUCCUCGGUGCGGCCUCCUUCAUCGUUUCGGUCAUUUCCGGUUCCAUGAUGCUCAUCGCACCCUUCAAGGUCAAAGCGUGGCCCUUCUGCCGAGACGUCGGCUUCUUCACUGCCGCCGUCGCGCUUACCCUCACCUUCCUCUUCGACGGCAAGCUCAGGCGUAUCGAGACCAUCGCACUCAUCUGCCUCUACGUCCUCUACGCGACAACGGUCAUCAUCGGAUCUUGGUGGCAGGAGCGUCGAAGAAAGCAGAAGCGCAGGCUCGAAGCUGCACGGGAGGAGUACGACAGUCAAGCCGACGAUCGAUCCAUCAUCAGCCGAGACACCAUCCGCUCUAUACGAGCUGGGACGCAGGACAUGGAGCGAAGUCGACUCCUGGGCUUGCCCACUUCACAGUCUCUGCCUGGCCUACCGAGCCCGUCAGAAUACGAUCCCAAUUUUGACCCGUUCGAGGAUUGGGCCAACCAAACAGGCUCGCGUAGCGGAGCAGCAACGCCGGAACUCCCUGGUGGUGGCAGCCGUCCACCGUCCAUCAACACCCCAGGCUCUACGAGCUCGCGUGCAGCUGUCAGGGCUACUCUCAAUGUGAGGCCCAAUCUCGUGCCUCGCCACUCGCUGCUGUCGGCCAUCGAGUUCCGCGACGUUGUGCAGAGCCUACGCCGUGAUGCACACGCAGAUCGCUCGCAGGAGAUCUUCCAGAGCUGGGACCCCGAGCGCUUCCUGCCUCACCACCACCACGGUCAUACCGACACGAGCCUCACCCGAAGCACAUCUGGCGAGGGCCGCUCGAAUGGGAGCCCACGCCAGCGUCGUGGUGCAGGACACAGCCGCGUACUUAGCCUGGGUCCAGCCGCGGGUGUCGCAAGGAGCGCCUCUACAGCCUCGGGCCAUCGACGCAAGACGUUUGGCACGCACGACGGCGUCAUGCCAACCGAGGAUAGCCGUGGGCAGGGCCAAGUAUCCAGCAACAGAGCUGGCGCCAGCGUGGAAGCUGGCAACGUCGAUGAUCCUUGGAGGGAGCAUCUUCCCGGCGAUGCCUGUGAACCACUCGGCUCUCCCGCAUUGCCCAUGAACGGCGCUUCAGACCAAAAUCCGCUCGAACAGACACCGCCACGUAAAGCACUGCCAAGACUACAAAUCCCACAAUGGGACACCAAGGCGAGCCGCAGUGAAGAUGCGCGGCGUCAAAACAAACAGCCUGCCCCUGCCUCGGCUCGUGACGACGGCUCCAGCAGCACGCCUACCAACAAGGAUCGAUUCGAUAGCCCGCUCACCCACAGGCGCGUCCGACCCCAACGAACACCCAGCCAGGCACUCGCAUGGAAGCUACGCGUCGUCUUCAACGCGCUCUUCCCAUCGUUGCGGCAUCUUCAUGCCAAGUCGGUGCUGGGUGCGGCUGUUAGCAUCUUGACUUGCCCUGCGAUCCUGCUGCUCAAUCUGACGCUUCCUGUCGUCGACGAUGACGCGGAGCGUGCCGAGCGCGAGGCAGACACCGCCGAAGCGGACGGGAUCGGCGCGGUGCGACUUGAGGGAGACGAGGCUGAUCUGCACGCACAAGGCGCUGCGGAUGACGAGCCCAUCGUCGACCUUCGCGCGUCGCCGUCAUCGGAUACGCAAGCGUGGAGUGCAGAAGACCGCGUAGAGGCGGCGGAGCAUGCGGAGCGAGACGCCAACGCGCAUCGCGACCAGGAGAUUGCCUCGGCGUUGAGGCACCUACCUUCGGCGGCUGGCUCUCCGCUCUCCUUCGGGUCCAGUCCUACCGGUCGAGCCGGUCUGCUUCGCAUCGAGGCCACCUCAGCCUCCCCCCUCCCCAUCGACGACACCGGCGACGGAGCGAGCUUCAUGAGCCACGAAAGCUGCGAAGCCGAAGAGUCGGAAAUGCGUCGUUCGAUUCGACGUUUUCUCAUCCUCUCCCAAUCGCUGUGUGCGCCAACGUUCGUUACGUGGGCCAUUGCCUCUUCGUCUGGGGGCGCGCACCUCGGGCUAAAAGUGGCCAUAGCUGCGGCGGUGGGCUUGCUCGCGGCGCUAUUUUCGUUUUGGGCGAUGCGACGUAAGGAUGCGGGUCGUGCGCGGUACUCGGAUCGGACACUCUCCGGUAUGGCGAUGGUACGCUGUUCGAUGGGCUUCAUCGUAAGUGUCAUGUGGAUCAUGACGAUUGUCGAUGAGGUCGUAUCCAUCCUUCAGACGGUUGGCAUCAUCGUUGGCUUGUCGGACGCCAUUUUGGGUCUGACAGUCUUUGCGGUUGGCAACUCCCUUGGGGACCUCGUGGCGAACAUUACGAUCGCGAGACUGGGUCAUCCGGUCAUGGCGGUGAGCGCAUGCUUCGCCGGGCCCAUGUUGAACCUCCUACUUGGCAUCGGGAUUAGUGGCACCUGGCUGCUCAGCGAUGGCCACGCUCACGGACAUGCAGUCGAGAGAUCGGAUAUUUAUCCCAUCGACUUCAACCCGACGUUGUUGGUGUCAGGGUUGGGGUUGCUGUUGAUCUUGGUAGGGACGCUGAUCGCCGUGCCCAUGAACAACUUUGAGUUGUCCAGAGGGAUUGGGGUUUCUUUGAUUGCGGCGUACGUGCUGAUCAUGACGGUGAACCUGCUCACCGAAAUCUUUUGGGUGAGGGGUCCGAGUGUAUUCUAG